AUAAAAACGGGCGGCAACGAAAUGAGAGCAAUCAGUAGCCUUCGAGCAGUCUACAACAGAAGUGCACGAUGAGAGUUCUGAUUGUUGCCGCCGCCGUCCUCGCCUGCGCCGCAGCCGCUCCCUCCGGAGCCCUGCUGGCCCAUGGCUCACCCUACGCUCACGGUCUCCUCGGCCAUGGUGCCCCUCUGGCUGUAGCCCAUGGCGCUGCCUAUGGUUUGGCUCACGCCGCUCCUCUUGCAGUCGCCCACGCUCCCGCCGUACCCACCAUCCCCCCAGGUGACAUCCAUGGUGCCGCCAUCGAUGCUCACGUAGACGCCACCGACCACGCCCGUGCCGCUGUUGACGCCGCUCGUGAAUACCACGACCAGGCUUCCGAGCUCCAGGGUCAAGCCAUCAACGCUGCCGAAGACCACGCAUGGCAAGCGGUCGAUGCCGCUCAAACCGCCCAGGCUCAGGUUGACGGUGCCGCCGCCGGUGUCGCUCCCAACGUAGCCCGCCAGCUCGCUGGCCACGGUCACGUCGCCGCUUACGCCGCCGCUCCCGCCCUCGUCGGUCACGCCGGUUACGGUCACGCCGCCUACGCCGGUCACGGUCUCGCCGCUCCCCUGCUCGCCGGUCACGGCGUCGCCGCUCCCCUUCUGGCCGGACACGGUAUCGCCGCCGUCGGAGGCAGCCAUUCCGUCGCCACCUCAUCUCUCUCCCAGACCCAUCCCGCGCCGGUCGUGCACGCUCCCGUCGCGUACGCCGCGCACGGUGCCUACGGAGCCGGACUCGCGCACGGUGCCUACGGACACGGACUUGCGCACGGAUGGUAAACUGUGAUAGAUAUCUAGCCAAAAAAUCUUAAUACUCAUGUUUGGAAUGUAAUUUAAAUGUAAAAAAAAAAGAAAAA